AUUUUCUUCACUCAGUCACGGAUUAUCAGCAAUGUGACCUGAUCACGAGUUUGAUGUCACGUGAUCUCACGGCUGUACUUAUGCGGUAGCGCACUUGAAACUUCCUGCGAAAGGGUGGAAAGAUGCAGGCGGUGUUACUUGUGUCCCUGUUGGGAGUGUUAGGAGUGUUGGGAGCUCCAGAUGCGGAUGAGAUUAAAUCUCUCCCCGGACUUUCCAAACAGCCGAGCUUCAAGCAGUACUCAGGCUACUUGACCGUGGCUGGCAACAAACACCUCCAUUACUGGUUUGUGGAGUCGCAGAAGGAUCCUGCGAGCAGCCCGGUGGUGCUGUGGCUGAAUGGGGGACCAGGCUGCAGCUCUCUGGACGGCCUGCUCACAGAACACGGCCCUUUCCUGGUCCAGGAUGAUGGGACUACUCUACAGUACAACCCUUAUUCCUGGAAUAUGAUUGCUAAUGUGCUAUACCUGGAGUCACCAGCAGGUGUCGGUUUUUCCUUUUCUGAUGACAAGAAAUACUCAACCAACGACUCAGAGGUAUCCAUGAACAACUACUUGGCCCUCAAGGAAUUUUUCCGACUCUUCCCAGAGUACAGCAAGAAUGAGCUUUAUCUCACAGGCGAGAGCUAUGGAGGCAUUUACAUCCCUACACUAGCUGAGAGAGUUCUGGAGGACAGUAGCCUCAACCUGCAGGGUAUAGCUGUUGGAAAUGGCUUGUCCAGCUAUGAACUGAAUGACAACUCUCUUGUCUAUUUUGCAAAUUACCAUGGACUGCUUGGAGAGAGUUUAUGGGCAACUCUGCAGAAAUAUUGCUGCAAAGAAGGACAAUGUAACUUCUAUAACAAUCCUGAUCAAGCAUGCUCUGAUGCAGUGACGCAGGCACAGAAAAUUGUCUACAAUUCUGGACUUAACAUUUAUAACCUGUAUGCUGAUUGUGCUGGUGGAGUACCUUACAGUACAAGCAUUGAAAAUGGACGGCUUGUUAUUCAUGACCUUGGCAAUAACUUCAUUAACCACAAGUGGUCCAAGUCAUGGAACCAGAAACUGCGAGGACUGGGCUCUGUUGUCAAAUCAGUAAAGCUUGACCCUCCCUGCGUCAACUCUACCCCGUCUGCUAUGUACCUGAACAACCAGUAUGUCAAGGCGGCUCUCCACAUCUCUCCUAAUGCACUUGACUGGGAGAUCUGCAGCGCUGAAGUCAAUCUUGACUAUAGCCGUCUUUACAUGGAUGUGAAGAAGCAGUACCUGAAGAUACUUGGAGCACUGAAAUACCGUGUGCUGGUGUACAAUGGGGACGUGGACAUGGCUUGCAAUUUCCUCGGUGAUGAGUGGUUUGUUGAGUCCCUUCAGCAGGAGGUCCAGGUGCAGCGCAGGCCGUGGCUCUACUACAAUGGUGAGACGCAGCAGAUUGGUGGUUUUGUCAAGGAGUUCUCAAAUCUGACUUUCCUUACUGUCAAGGGUUCUGGUCACAUGGUCCCCACCGAUAAGCCCAUAGCAGCCUUCACCAUGUUCAGCCGGUUCAUCAAAAAGCAACCAUUCUAAUGUUCAUAAACGUUCUGUACUGUUGAGUUGGAAUUUGCACUGAAUCACUGUGAAGCACACUGUGUUCUAGAGAAAUCAAAUUCUGGUAUAGAUGUAUAUUAACUGUGCUCAUGGUUUUUUUUUUUUUUUGUUGUUUUUUUUAAUCUUUUUGAUAGUUAAAAAAAUGUGGUUGAAUGACAAGGGAUUGUGAACAGCAGACUGCAAUGCUGCUAUUUUGCUUCAAGUGACUACAUAAUCCUGACACAAGGGGCUUAAUAGUAGCUGCUAAUUCUGGGCUGAUGAGUCUGGUUUUUAAUGUUCAACUGUUCAAAUGAUUCUCUGUAUCUUGCAGCUGCAUUUAAAUUUUAACAAGGGCAAAAGGGAUUAGUACUUCUUGUCCAUUGAAGAAGUGCAUGACCAAAAUGAAUAUAGGAAUCAUGUGGACCUAGUUUUCUCCAUUUGCUCAGGGUUGCUUUAAAUGGCUUUGAAUGACAUUAGGGUAUUGAUGUGCCUUUACAAUCAGUGUUUUUUGUCUUUUUCUUCUUGUUCUUCAUUCCUGAUUUAUCUAUCAAAAUAAACCUGAUAUUAUUUUAA